AUGUUUGCUCUUCGUCGAAUCAUCGCCCGCCCUAUGCUGCGCGUAGCGACGCGUCAGAUCCAUGUGACGCCGCGUCGCUUCGCCUCUGCCGAUCAGCCACCCAACAUGCAGCAGCUCGAGUCAAUGAUGAAUGACCCUCAUAUUCGUGAGACCUUCGAGAAGCUGAGCCGUCAUCCUCCGGCCAUUGAGGCCAUGCAGAAGAUGGGAGACAUCAUCAAGAGCAAGGGGCUUGCCACUUCAGGGCCACCGAGUAAGAUGGACAUCAUGAAACUCAUGAUGGAUAAGGAGUUUCGUGAUGCAGCGACAACGUUGACGACUGAAAUGCAAAAUGCUGGUGUUGAGAUCAACCCUGAUGUCUUCAUGAAGAUGAUGCAGGGCGAGAAAUGA